GUCAGGAUGGAAAUGGAAGAAACUAAUAGAGUUAAAGUGCAGAAAAAAAUAAGAUCAAAUGAGAAGCCACCAUACGUGACAGCUGUUGGUGCAGAAGCAAACCCUUUGAAAAAAUUUACCAUCCCUAAAAUAAAGAGGACUGCUGAUAAAGUUUCUUUAACACCCUGCUACACUAAUCAGAGGGAGUAUAGCAGCAUCAGCCAUACUCUGAGCCAGUCUCGUCUCAACACAGGAUGUGACCUGCAGUCUUCAUGGCAGUUUGGUGAGAUAAAACUGGUACACAAUGAAGAUCUGGAAAAAAAAUUUGCUGCAAAGAGGGCCAAGAUGCGUGAGGAAGGAAGGCAAGGCAGAGGACUUGAGGAACAUUUUUGCUUUUUGGUGCUGCCUUGGGAUGAGGUCUCAAAAAUUUACCAGAGUGGAAUACAUACCAGCGAGUCUGCAAUGAAGGAAUUGGGAAAUCCCCUCCUUGGAGUUUAUUUAUUCAGACAUGUUGAUGUUGCUUUGAACUAUGCAAACAGAUUGAUCAGUGCAGAAAACAUCCUAGUUUUCAAGGUUCUCUUUGGAAAGGUAAAAAGAAUUCAGCCUCCUAUGGGUAAAAAGAAAGUUGCUCUGGAUCCUACCCCAAACUUCGAUUGCCACAUGUCUAGAAUUGCUCCUACACUUAAAGAUCCAGUUGAGCUGCAGGCCAUUGGCUCAUCGGUUUAUUUCUAUGAAUACAAUAUACACUCAAAACCAGUGGAUAAGCCUAGGCAAUGCCUUCCAUAUGCAGUAGUAACAGUAAGAUUUGUUGGCCAGAAGCUGGGAACUGACCCUCUUAUAACAUCUGUGAGGUUUCUGUCUAAAGGAUUUCCUAAGUAUUCUGGAAGACGAGGCUCAUGGAAAAACUGUACAGUAGCCAGAGCCCAUGAUACCCAAGUGGAACAUAACAUACAUGGAAGGUGGGAUUCAUCACCAGUGCAAGAAAAUGAGUCAAGUCUUCCACUUGUGGCUGCUGUAGAUACCAAUGGAAGCAUUAGUAAUGACCACAUGGUGAAUCUAAAAUGCAUUAUUUCAAAUGAUGAUUUUACCACAGUUUCUGCUGCCUACAGUAGUAGUGGCUCAAGUUCUGUAAUUAUGUCAAGACUCAUUAUGGAUCCAAGACUAAAGAAAAGAGAAGGAAACCCAGGAAAACAAAACACUGAGGCAGUUUUUCAUGGGAAUUCAACACCUGAGAAUGGGCCGGACUAUCUCAACUCAGAAAUGAAAAUAUCAGCCACUUUAAAUAUACCUUCGCCUGAAGAACCUCCUCUGCUUAAUGACCCAAAACGUGGUCAACUUAGACAGAGACAUGUGGAGCAAGCAUCACGGAAAGAGGCAGCUUUCAUAAAAGAGUUUAAAUCAACACUAAAUGCAGACAAAGAACACGCUGUGGAAAACAAGCAAGUGGCUGGCAGCAUAACAAAACUUCCUAAAGGAAUAGUGGAGCCAUUUGCAUUGCAGGAUGUUCACACACAUCCUGCUUCAAAAACCGUCAUUGAAGAAAAGCAUAUCACAGCAAAUGAGAACCAUAUCUGUGAUAGAAAAGACUUGAAAACACCCCAGAUUACAAUGGGAGAACAACUGAGGAAAUGUUCAUCUUUUCCAUUUGGGGACACAAAACCUGAGAUAAACUUGCAGGAGAAUUUGUCCAUGAAAAACAAAGCAGACCACUGCUACAUAGAAAAAAGUUCCAAUCUUCAUAAGAACAAUAUAAAGCAUUUACCUGUUCAUGAUAGCAAAAAGAACUUAAGUUUCACUAAAAAGUCAAGGCAUAAUGAUCCUCCUCCUGAUCAAAAGUGCCAGUCUGUGUCAAUGGGAAAGUCAGUUUCAUCAGUGCUACCUGCUAACUUUGCCUGCAACACACACUCCGAAGCCAUGCCUCACAGCAUUGCAGAUUCAAGCAGCUGUCUGUAUUCCAGAUCUCAAAAGGGUUCCAAUCCCCAUAUGCCAUCAGUGGUAGGGAAUAUUUUCUCUUCCUUCUCUGCAGAUUGUCAAAACAAAAAUUCAAAGAAAGUACCUGCAGAGGACCUCGAAAAAAGAGAAGAACAAAGGCCACACUCAUCUCUGUCUCAUGCGUGGAGGCGGGGCAAAAUGUCAGUAGCACAGAACAAAAAUAAUGCAAAUAAAAAAUCUGAGAUUUCCCAUCAAGUGUGUAAUGGUCUUUACUCACUUAAGAAACAUGAUAAAGGGCAGGGUUCAGCACAACCGAACUAUUCUAACAGGGAUAAAUAUGCCUCAGUGAAAGGAGGGCAGAAAUGUCAGGAAUCACAAUCUAUUAAUUUAACAGUACUUGAGGAUAAUCAAAGACAUACUCCUGAACAGUCUUUGCAUGAUGAUAAAGGCAUGAACAUAGGCAUCCAACAUCCUGAAAGUAUUAAAUCUCAUGAAGGCAAGACCGAAUAUAAUGGGAAAAUGCAUAACCAGUUCCAAGAAAAUAAUUAUACUUCUGAAAUAGGAAACAGGUCAACAGAUUCUUACUUAACCUGUGCUGAAAAUACUUUGACCUCAAACAGAGACUAUGAAGUUAAUAGUGAGGGUUUUGAUACACAAGAUCAUACUUUACACAUUGGUGUCCAUGGAAGAAUGCAUCUUUUAAAACAUGAUAUGAGAAAACAAUAUGCCAAAGUGGAAGAGGACAAGUGUGUCUGUCAUCACGUUGCUUGUGAAUCUAUUCCUAGUGAUCAAAUCGUUGGUGAAGAAACCUUUCACCAAAGUAAGCUUCAAGACACUUUGCUUUCUGACAAAGCCAAUGUUGAUGAAGGCCCUAUAAAGGCCCAUAAAUUAAUAUAUUCAGCAACUGAAAUUACAAACAAAAAUUGCAUAGGUAAAAGAGAAGAUGCUACAAAAGAAGUAAAAGGCAAUUCUUCCAUCAAAGAAACAAUGAAUGACCAGAUAUAUUUGUCUCAUGCUAUCUGCAGAACGGACAAAGUAUUGAGAGAUUGCUUCAAUAAAGAAUGCUUAUGUUUCCGUAGAGAAAAUGAGCCAGUGUCAUUAGACAAACAUUUCUGUAGGGACAGCAAAGAGAGUGAUGCUUCUGGAGCUGCAUUUUUAGAUGAAGAGCAGAGUUGGAUCUGUAAUCAGGAAAUGGGGACCGAUAUAAAUGUUCAUGACUUCAACCAAAUGCAUACAUGCCAACUUGAAAAAGAAUUUAGCAAUGUCCCAGGAAUCUGGAUGGAAGUUUGUGACACUCCUCAUCUUCUGGAUUUAAAAAGAUCAGCUUCUGAUUUAAACUUAAUUUUUGAAGAAGGAUGUGCAUUAACCGAAGCAUAUUUGAUGGAAACAGAAAAUAUUGCCACCUUUAUAAAGGAAAAGGGAAUUAUUCCAGAUAACAAAAGAGACUCAGAAGAGCUGUCUGCCACAGCAGAGUUUUGCAGACCUGCAGCACUGCCAGAGGCUCAUAAAUGGGAAGAGCAGAAUGCUGUUCUGCUAAUCACCACCAUAUCCAUACCUUCUGGAAAUGUGGAACACAAAGAAAGAGGAUGUUCCCAACCUGAGGAAACCUAUAUUUCUGAGAAAAACUCCUCUUGCCAUGAAAAUAGUGUGCAGGAAAUAUUUAAACAGAUGAUAGAGGAGAAAUGUGAGGAUGUUUUUCUCCAGGGCUUGGAAUUUGAAAGUGAGAUUGAAAUUCCUCUGGAGCAGCAUGAGGAAUCUCUCUCAGUACCACAAAAUCCACAUAGUCAUGAAGGUGGAUCUGAUGAGGAGGUUGAUUCACUGUAUCAGUACUUGACAGAUCGUAUAGACUGGGAAAGUUUGUUUGGAAACACUAGCCAGAAGAUAUUAGAGAAAAGUGAAGAUCAUUGUUCAUUGGGGGGAAAAUCUUGCACAAAGGAAGAUAAAACAGAAUCUCUAAGUACAACUGUGUGGCCUGACUUACAAAUUACAAUAACCAACAUACUUAAACCAGGAGUCAGCCCCCUCAACAUUGGAAUUGCAAGAGAGAUGUGGAGAUGUGCAAUUGAAUCUCCAGGAUUAGAAGUCAAUAUGGAAUUGUCAGGAGAGCAAAGAAGUGAAGAAUAUAUGCAGAAUUUGGAUCCUACAAAUAAAAUGGAAACAUGCCUACCUAUCUGUGUUCAUGAGGCAGAUAGUCAUAUGCCUGAAAAAGAAAGCAAAACUUUCACUGCACCUGUUACUGUUUCUGAUGUAUUGAAUAAAGGAAGUAGCUUUUACGGUACAAAACCAAAAGAUAAUAGUAAUGAAUCUAAGAGUAAAAAAGGUGUGCAAUCAAAAGUUAAGAGAAAACAUCCAUAUAAUAAAUCUCUAACAAAUAAAAUGAGGCCUCAGAAAGCUUCAACACGCUCACCUAUAUACAGAAACUCAAAACUUUGUGGUAAAAAGAAAGAACACUAUUCAUCUGAAAUGUUUUCUUUAUUAUUUGAGGGACGAAUGAAAACACUUGCACAGUCUGAAAAACACAUUAAAAAUGUUCUAAAUACUCUUUGUAGUGAAGCAUCCUUAUGCAAAAGUAAGCGUCUAUCCAAAAAAAUAGAUGGUGCUAUGUUUCACUUAAGGAAAGCUCAGAGGAGAGUUCUCAAAUCUUUAAAAAUUGUAACUAAAGUUGGAGAGAAAAGACAAAAGGGUCGCUUACCAAAAUGUUAUGAAAUAAUAUGUAACGACUUAUGGGAAAGCUGUGAUCUUGAAGGUCAUAGUUCCUUGACAACUGGGAAGUAUUCUUCUGCUCACUUUUCUCAGAAAAGAAAGUGUAACAUAAAGGGAAAUAAACGAACUGUAGCAUUUAAGAAAGCAAGUGACACAGUUACAUGUAUGCCAAUAAAACAAAGGUUUAAAAAUAAAGGGGAUAAAAUGAGAGAAAUGGUUUCAGAGGAAGACAUGGACGCAAGGUCCACUACAGGUUGUGCACCUGUUGUGUUGAAAGAUAUUAUAAGUCAGAUACAUCAUUGCAAAUCUGACUUAACUGUGGCUUCUUCAGUAACUUGUAGUCAGUUUUCAGCUGCUACAUGCAAGGCAUAUUUGGCUUUUGAGGGUGACAGUGUGAGAGAUACGAGAAGAAUAACGGAACUUCAAACAGUCUCUGAAAACUCUGUAGGUUUAGAUGCCAUUGGGCUAGAAGAUAUGAAACGAACUAAUAAGGAACACAAGGUUUUUGUAAAUGUUUUAUCUAAAAUUCAUGUUCAAGGGACUGCUGGACGAUGUGGCAGUGUAACAAGACAAGACCAUAUCCCUGAAGCAAAUACAUUUACCAACAAAAAUAUCUCAAAACCUUUGAGCUUGCCUGUCGAAAGGGAUGAUUCUGUAGGAUUUUGUACAGACAAAAGAAAAGAUGGAGCUUGUAAGACUAAUGUAAAGAUGAAUGCUGUCAUACAUACGUCACUAUUAAAAACAGCUGCAGAGAGCUGUUCAAAUGCAAACACCAACAAGCAAGAUGUUUCCACACUCUCUGCUACUCACAAAAACCUGGACAGUAUUCUUUCUACUGAAAAAGAGACUAUGUUUUCUGCUGGCAGUGGGGGUAUUUCCACAAAUCAGAGUGUUGGUAUUGGAAACUUUUCUUCAGGCUCAAUGAGGCAGAUGCCUGCAGCAGGAGGAAAACAUGAGACCAGUGUAUCUCAAGUUCCAUUAGACCACGAAAUUAUUCGUGCUAAAGCUGCAUCUUUGAAAAUGAGCUCAAACAUUUCAUCUGAGAGAAUUUUAGAGACCCAUUCUUUUGAAACACCAACAGUACCUCUCAGUGGCCAGCUGCAAGAUAGAGGCUAUGACAGAAAAGAAACUUCAAAUUCAGAAAUGCGUUGUCUGAGUAAUUACAGUAAAGUAGCUGAAAAGGAGACACAUGUUACCGAGACUAUCAAAUUGGAACCACUGGCAAAAAUUUUAUAUGAGAGAGAAAAUAAUAUAGAGAUAGAGAACUAUUUAAAGAAUGUAUCUUCUAUGUCCUUAGUAUACAAUGCUCUGGCCCCAUUUUCAAAUCAGUACAUUUCGCAGGAAGUUGGACAGAAUACAUUUCCAAAAAUAAAGGAAACGGGGCUAGUGGAAAGCAAAGUGAAAUCACCUGUAAAUCUGUAUCUGGUAAAAGAUGUACCUGGGAGAUCCUCUGCUAAGGUCGUUUUGGAACAAAAGAGUAUAACACACAGAGAAGGUCACUCUAGCUGUAAUAAGGAAUACAGAUGCAUUCAGAGUUCUUCAAACAACAGCAGUGCUUUCACUGCACCUGUCUUAAGGAAGCCAAUUGAUAAGAAAUUUGUCAAAAGAAAUGAAGAUUGGAAAGAAAGCACUAACAAAGAUCGCCAGAUUAACUCAGAGUUGAAAUCAGGAAUCAUGGCAAAACAAGGUAUUCGAAGCAUUACUGGGACUUACGAUGCCUCACCAAGCAAAACACAUCAGAAUCUUACAGCCCAUGUGACUAAACUGAAUGCAGAUAAUCUCUUCGGUGAUCAUCCUAACAAACGUAAGGGCAUCAAUAGUAAAAACAAGCAUAGAGCAGUGGGGACGGAACUGAAAUCUCUUGCUUUCAUAACUGAAAUAUCAAAUAUUUUACAAAAAGCAGAUGAAACAUCAUCUCUGAAAAUAUUACAGGAACAGAUUACAGUUUGUGAUAACCUUCUUCCUUCAUUUGUUAAAGCUUUUGAAGAAAAGCAAGGGUGCUCAUUUAAGCACAUCUUGGUUUCCCGAGAGUUACUGGUUGAAAGAAAGCUAUGGAAUAACUGUAAAUCCAAAUUAAAAUCACAUGCUGUAGAUUCACUGGUGGAACUCCAAAUGAUAAUGGAAACAAUUCAGUUCAUUGAAAACAAAAAGUGCUUUCUAGAAAGGGAGCCAACUUUUCGAAGCUUGCUUUGGUAUGAUGGUUCACUGUACGGGGAACUGCUUGGCAGACCGUCAGGGUAUCAACAACAAUCCAGUUUCUUUCCAGCUUUCCAAAGAAGGCUGAAGUACAAUGUUUUUCGUGAGCUACAGAGCUACCAUAAACAGUUAUUAGAGCUCUUUGAAAAAACAAGGUGGGAAAGCAAAUCUUACUAUGCAUUCUUGAAAUUCAGACGAGAGAUUGAUGAGAGUGAAGCUGUGAUACAACAUAAUUCUGAUUGCUUAGAUUUUUUCCUCUCUGUGCCUUUCACUUGUGGAGUUAACUUUGGAGAUACUUUAGAAGAUUUGGAAACUGUAAGGAAAAGUGCUGUGGAACUGAUAAAUACGUAUAGGAACCUUCCAGAUGCUCACGCCUAUGCAGAAAAAGAGGACCAUCUGUGGGUUAUAAUGGAAAUUAUCUCUACAAAGAUAAACUUUAUAAAGGCCUGUGAAUCAAUGAAUAUGAAAGCAUCACUCUUUGGCCUUGAGCAUAUAUUUUUUGAUGCUGCUAAAAGUCUUGUUUGGAAAGACAGACGUCUGUUGUUAAAUAAAGCCUCUCCCAAUAAGAAAAAACAACUUCUGUGCAAAAUAAACCAAGAUGCUCUCUCCAAGCUGUAUGAAGUUUAUGAAUAUGUGGCUGAAGAGUUUAGAACUGAAAAAUCUAACAAUAUUACUGAGAACAAAAAUGAUACAGAAAAGUCAAAAUAUUGUGAAAACAAAGGCAAACAUGGAGAUGAAAACUCUGACUUCUUCACUAUUUUGCUUUCACAUCCUGAUAUUUGCUGUGUUGGAGAAAUAUUAGAUGAAGCUCAGUUUGCAGACCUCAAGAAGUUACAGCAGCUAAUGCUCAGAUGUACAGAACAUUUAGAAAGCUUAAAAAUGUAUUUUCAGAUUUUGCAGGAGGAGGAUGUCAGUAAAAUCUUGAUCACAGAGCAAAAUGUGUUAGACACAAUGAAAAAUGAUGGCAUUAAUGCUGUAAUUUUAAAGCCUGAAGCUGUUGAGACUUACAUUGAAGUACUAAUGAUGUAUGAAACAGUUUACUUCCUUAAAAAUUCAAUAGCAAGAAAAACAGAUGAACAGAGAUUUCGAAGCUUGUUGUGGUUUGAUUUAUCGCUUCUUCCUGAAUUGGCACAUUGCCAAAAGAAAAUGUCUUCCUUUUCAUUUCUGAAAGAUAAUUCAAUGGACAACCUUUGUAAAACUGUAGAGUCUGCCAUCUCUGAUCUUAAGAGUGAGCUGGACAUUAUUUGCAACUAUGCAGAAACCAUAAACUGCUCUUAUGCACUUCACCUUCUCACCAGAGAACUUUCAGAACUUUCAGAAACAAGAAAAUUAAUACAAAAUUCCAAGCCUUCUAUCUUCACGUAUGUUGAGUGUGUACCUUAUACCAUAUCUGUAAACUAUGGGAGCACUGUGACUGAAUUAGACUACAACUACAACCAGUUUUCUUUGUUGCUUGAAAAUUUAAUGUUGGCUGCUAGGAAAGAUUUAGGAAAAAUGGCUCAUAUUAUGAAAAUCAUGAAAACUAUUGAGCAUAUGAAGUUUGCUUGUGCCAAAAAAGGUAAAUCAGUCCUCUCUCUUCUGAUAUAUCAGAUGCUAAAUAAUUGGAGAAAGACCUGCCAGUUGAAAAGAAAGGGAGACAUGACUAAAACUAAAAAAAGUGUCUGUGAAACUCAAGCUCCAGGGUAUGUCAUCGAAGCUAGCUCUCAGUCCCAGAAAAAAAGACCUAGUUUUGUGUCCUCACAUGGAGACACUCCUGAAUAUACAGAAAGCUCUCCUCCUUCCAGCUGCAAAAAACAAAAGGUUGGUGUUCUGAUGGCAGCAGCCUCAAAAAAUGGUGAUGAAAAUGAAACAUGCUGCCACAUAAGAGAGAAUGCAAGAGUUAAUCCUCAAAAUGAAAAAGAUCUAGCGUCGAGUAUCUCACCGGAUAAUCUAGGAAACAAGAGGCCUCUAGAAAAAGCUGUGCAAGACCAAUUACCACGCUCACUUUUGCAUUCAAAAGAUUUGGAAGCUGUUUAUUGCUCUCCACAUGUUAAAUGUACACCAGAUGCUUCAAAAAGCUCAUUUGUUAAUUUAAAAGGCUUAACCAGCCAGCAGAGCUCAGCAAACCUAAAGCACAUGAUCAGAAGAAACAGUAAUUGUUACAAAAGUGCAAGAAAAGAUCAUGAAGGUUUUGCACCCUGUGACAAGAAAUGUGAAAAUGCCCAUUUGUCUUUAGAAAAAGAACCACUACUUCAAAAGUCUCUUGAGAAUAAUUUAUGUUCAACACACAAAUCUGUUAGGUCAACAACAAAACAAGGUGAUAGUUCUUCUGCUGUGUCUGCUGCACUAAAUCUACAGCAUGUGCAAGAAUCAGACGCCACAGGAAAUAUAUCAAGAUCCAGUUUACUGGCUGAAUAUAGUAAAACUAAUAAUUUAGCCACAAAACCUGAUAGAAAAGACAAGAAACAUGAAACGAACUCGGAGUCUCCCAGCAGCGUGCCUGUCAGUACUUCAGAUCUUCCUGUGAUUAUGGCAAAUAAAAAUACACCAUCACCAUCGGUGUGCUCUCUUUUGGAACCACAUUCCAAUGAAAAUGCAAAAAGCCCUGCUGAACAUUCUGCUGUCUUUCAAAAUGAACUUCCACUAUCAACACCUCCAGUGCAAUGUUCUUUAGUGCAGGCUUAUGAGACAGCCUAUCCUUACUAUUCCUUUUAUUCUUAUCAUCAAAGUGAUAGCAAUGGCGGUUCCAUAACCCAGACUUACCAGGGGAUAACUUAUCAAGUACAACAGUUUGCUCAUUCUGGCACAUCUGCAGUUGCAAGUAACGUGUAUAAUGCACACGCUAAUAUGUUUUACUCCCAGUCAUUUAGUUAUGCUGCUCUUGAGGAGCUACAAAGGCCUAACUAUGCUCAAAUAUACCCAGUGCCUGGAUAUGUUCGUUCUCAGAUGCCCCUUCCUUACAGCUUUCAGGUGCCAUCUUUACCACAAUAUGCUGCAAAUCAGCCUUGGUCACAAGGUCCUUUUCCAUAUCCUUCCAAUACAGGAUCAUCCUCAGGAGCUGUUUGGACCAGCACUCCCUGGCAGCAGGCACCUUUUCAUCCUGGAUAUUGAACCCAGUCCCAUGACAACAUUUUGGUUCAGCGU